AUGCAUUUGACACUUCGGGCGCUAUUGAAUCUUUUUGCCUUCUGGGUGCCACUCCUUCUAUCCUGCCGAGCCACUCAGGACAAGAACUCCUCAGCCCACCGAUUCCUUCUUACAUAUUGGAUUUUCUACUCCUUGUCCACUAAUGCCAAUAACCUGAUGCAGAUGUACUUGGAGGUGCCAUUAGCAGAUGUUGUCGACAUCGCCACCUCGGUGUUCAACAUCUGGCUGUUCUAUGGACAUGGAUGCCUUGUCCUCACCCAUCACUUCUUGCCAGGUCUCUUCUACCGUUUCACAGGAUUUCUGUCGUUAGAGGAAUUCGACCACGAGGUUUUAAGCCCCGUGAUCUCACCGGUAGUCAACGCUGCCACCCGCAAGCUUGUAUCGAGAAGAAAAGGCUCAGGUGCUCGGGGCAGUGCUGCGCCGCAACUCAAUCGCCUGUCUAUAUUGGAUUUUGGUGUUGAUCAGUUGUGUUACACUGACGACCCAACAGAGCUCUACCUGCGCUACAUGUCUAGUCGGCGUAUUUUGAGCUGGCCACUGCUGGCUCCAGCCCAACGUGCAACAAGACGCAGAGCAGGUUCUGGCACCCAAAUCUCUCCUUCUACAAGUCACACUCGCAAGAGAGCAGAUCUGUAUCAGUCGGACGUUUUUCUUGCUGAGCAAUUCCUUCCUGAGCAAUUCCAACCCGGCCCUGCGGUGUUGCCUAAACAGCCUCUGGUGUUGCCAAAGCAGCGGAGGGAGAGGGGCCGCUCCAAUGAAGGUCCCGAGGUCUAUGGAUUCGUAAGCAUGGGAGACUCCUGGUCGACAAGAGCCUUGAGUCCAAGAUCCGCCAGUGAUGGCGAAGUGGACCGCAGGGCACAGAUGCGCAUGAAGCAGGAGACAAGGCCUCGUGAAAUUCAGAUUAGAGAGUUAAACAACAAGGUGUUUGUGCCUGCAUCAGCUCCAGCUUAUAGGGCUUAG